AACAAAACAGACAUUACAAAGGACCCCCACACGAUAUAUCCUAGGAACACCCUCAUCUACUACGCCAGAUGCUCUGUUGAUCCAAGCACGACUUCAAGCAUCAAUAGCUGAAGCUGCCCCCUUGAAAUCGCCACACUUAUCAGUCGACACCGCCAUGGACCAAAUGAUGGGUGGCGGGAAUGGAGGACUCGGCGGACAAGCCGGGUUCCCCCUCGAAGCAUGGUUCUGGGAAAUGCCCGUCUGCACACGCCUCUGGACCACCGCAACGGUCCUCACGAGCGUCCUCGUCCAAUGCGACAUCGUCAACUCACUCAAGCUCUUCUACAGCUACCGCGCCGUCUUUUACAAGCACCAACUCUGGCGCCUCUUAACAACCUUCCUCUACUUCGGCCCCCUCUCCCUCGACCUCGUCUUCCACGCCUUCUUCAUGCAGCGCUACUCCCGCCUCCUCGAAGAAUCCUCCGGCCGCUCGCCCGCCCACUUCUCCUGGCUCCUCCUCUACUCCUGCGUGUGCCUCAUCGCGCUCUCCCCCUUCGUCUCCAUGCCCUUCCUCGGGCACCCUCUGUCCAGUACACUCGUCUACAUCUGGUCGCGGCGGAACCCGGAUACGCGGCUCUCGUUCCUCGGGCUGCUGGUGUUCACCGCGCCGUACUUGCCGUGGGUGCUGAUGGGGUUUAGUUUUGUGUUGCAUGGCACGGUGCCGAAGGAUGAGAUUAUGGGAGUGGUGGUGGGACAUGUGUGGUACUUUUUUACGGAUGUCUAUCCGCCGCUCCAUGGGGGUUAUAAGCCUCUAGAUCCGCCGGGGUGGUGGAGGAGGUGGAUUGAGGGGAGGAGGGGGGAGGUGGAGGAGAUGACGGGGGUGAUUGAGGUGCCGCCGGGAGCGCCGGUGCUGGCGCCGCCGUUGGCAGGGGCGGAGGGGCGCUGAUGAGUAGGUGGUGGGGUUAUUGUACGUGAGUUAGCAUUUGGGAUCCUGAGGAUGGUCUUUGGGUAUUACAUUGGUGGAAUUUGAUGGGAUGAGGAGUUUUGGGUCAUAGAUACCGGGCUUGUUGCUCAUGGUGAGCAGCGGGCAUAAAAUUGUAGCGUUAUCUUGAAUCAAUCAAGUUGAUUCACUCUCUGAUUAGUGAAGAUAGUCGAGAUAGCUGUAAAUUGCUAUGCUAUGGAUUUAUUGUGCCAGCAGCUGUCGAUUUCAUGGACAUCAUUCAGUUACUGAAGGGGAAUGCAAUACCACUAGAACCUAAUGAUGCCAAUGAUACUAGCGAGU